UUUGAAUUUAUUAUCUUUUUCCCACGCUCUUUCUGUUCAGUUUCCCGAUCUUCCGAAUCACCCAAAUGUCAACCCCAAUUUUCUCGCUCCAAAUUUAUACGAGCUCCCUUUUCUGCAACUCUCCAUUGCAGAGGCAGCUGAUUAGGGCUUUCUGCUGAAUCAGUACCCUCGGAGGUAUGGCUUCCGUUAUAGGGCCUGUUCAUGACCGAAACCCUCUGUUACUUGAACAUCAAUUCUCGUCUUCUUCUACUUCUCCGCACCAUGAGAUAGAACCUGAAGCUUCUACUGAGGAGAGAGAAAAAGAAAACUCAAAUCGAAGGAUUGCCUCUGUUGAUGUUUUCAGAGGCCUUACAGUCGCUCUUAUGAUAUUAGUUGACGAUGCUGGAGGAACUUUUCCUUCUAUCAAUCACUCCCCCUGGUUUGGUGUGACACUUGCUGACUUUGUGAUGCCAUUUUUCCUCUUUAUUGUUGGUGUUUCAAUCGGGUUGGUAUUCAAGAAAAUGCCUGCUAAAUUAGCAGCCACACGGAAGGUCUUAAUAAGAACCAUUAAGCUUUUCUUGUUGGGUGUGAUUCUGCAAGGAGGAUACUUUCACGGGCUCAAUGACCUAACUUACGGAGUUGACUUGCAACAGAUACGGUGGCUUGGUGUGCUACAGAGGAUUUCCAUUGGCUAUUUCUUGGCUGCAAUAUGUGAAAUCUGGCUUGUGGGAAACGUUCGAGCGGAAUCGGCAUUGGGAUUUGUAAAGAAGUACUUCAUGGAAUGGUUGGUUGCUGUCUUACUGUGUUCACUCUAUGCGGGAUUGUUGUAUGGGCUUUAUGUUUCCAAUUGGGAGUUUGAGGUGCCUGGCAUGCAUUCUAAUAUGUUCAGUUCCAACUAUAAAUCUGAAACUAUUGUUCAUUGUGAAGUAAGGGGCAGUCUUGGACCUCCAUGUAAUGCUGUUGGCUUGAUUGAUCGCUUUCUUCUUGGUGAGAAACAUCUCUAUCAACAUCCUGUUUACCGGCGAAAGGAGGAGUGUAGCAUUAACUCCCCUGAUUAUGGACCUCUGCCACCAAACUCACCUGUGUGGUGCCUUGCUCCAUUUGACCCAGAGGGAAUAUUGAGUUCAGUCUCAGCAAUAGUAACAUGCUUUGCAGGACUGCAGUAUGGACACAUUCUUGUGGGUUUUAAGAGCCAUAUGACACGGAUACUCCUGUGGACUAUAUCUUCCUCUGCUCUUUUAGGUGUUGGGUUUGUCUUGCUGGCACUUGGCAUGCCGAUAAGUAAGCCACUGUACACAUUAAGCUACAUGUGCAUCACGGUUGGAACUGGAGGCUUCCUCUUCAUUGUAAUAUAUUACAUUGUUGAUGUUUGCAACUUUAGAAGGUCAACAAUCUUACUUGAGUGGAUGGGGAUGAAUGCACUCAUUGUAUAUGCUUUGGCAGCUUGUGACCUGUUUCCAGCAGCCAUCCAAGGCUUCUACUGGCGGUCGCCUGCUAAUAACUUGGUCAGUGCUACAGAAUGGCUACUUGAAACUCUACUUCACUCUAAAAGGUGGGGAAAGUUGGCAUUUGUACUACUAGGAAUUUUAUUCUGGUGUAUAGUUGCAGGAUUUCUCCACAAGAAGCGUAUUUAUGUGAAGUUCUAAAUGCCACUGGCAUGUGCGCCGAUUAAAUCUCUUUAGUAUUCUGUCCCUUGGCAAUGCUGUCUGAAUUUGCCUUGCAAGCUAUUCGUUUCUUCUAUCAUUGUGCGGGCCUUGAAAUCACAAUUGAUGAAGUCGCCUUAUAACGGCUUUGAAUUGAUCUGAUUGGGUAAGUCAAUCAUUAGGGGAAGGGGAUCCCACUCUGCAAGUAAGCUCAUGCUCGUGCCUAGACUACCCAAAGUGAGAAAAAAAACUAAUACUAAAAUGCAAAUAGAAAAAGAAAAACGCAACGUCUGUAAUCCUUAUUCAGGAACCUACUUUGCUAUGCCAUAGUUAUCAAGACUGGAAUAUUUCAACCACUAAUCAUUGCAUGCCUUAAUCGGUCUGCUCCAAAAUAAAAAAUGGGUUUGUUUGAUA